AUGAGAGGCGCCAAACAUCGCUUGGCGCCGUUCGUGCUGUCGACGGUUGGCAACACAGAGGUCUGGCUUCGGCGCCUCCAAUACCACGCACUCACAGUCGGAGAGGAACCCCUCGGCUUUUACGCCCCUCCAGACCCUGCGCACGACCCCGAUGGGUCGCGGCUGGCCGAGUGGGAGCGUGAUGACGCCGACCUGCGGGCGCUCAUCAGGGACUUCACAGAACCGGGAUUUCAUGGCCUGUACGUGGCUGGGAUGUCAGCGCAGCAGUGGGUAGCGGCCAUCGAGGCACACGUGGUCGACGCCAAUCGGCGCAGGGCGCCGCAAAUCCUGGACAGAUUCUACCGCCUGUCCCUCAGGAACAGCCUGCCCAAGUACUUUGACGCCGUCAGGAGUUCCAUCUACGAGAUGAAGCUCUUGGGGCAGCUGCACGCGGUGCAGGGCCCCGACGUUGCCACCAAGGUGGUCUUUGGCCUGGCGGGCGAGCCGAGGGAGAAGACGCCCCUCAACCACCUCUUCAGGCACUACAUCCUCGAGUGGCGCGUGCGCCCACGGGCGGACAGGCCGCAGGACUUUGAAUCCCUGGCCGAGGACAUUACGAGAUGGAAAGAGUUCGUUGAGACUUACGGCCUCGUCCCCAACGUCGAGUCGGCGUCGAGCGACGCGAAGCCAGUUGCUGAGGCGCGACGCCGCAAGCAGCCGGCAAGCAGCCGUGGCUCUUCUGCCCCCGCCGUGUGCUACGGCUGCGGCGAGGUGGGGCACAUCCGCAAGGACUGCCCCGCCGGCGGCGAUGAUGGCGGCGGCGGCAGCAGCGGCAGCGGCAGCGGCAGCGACAGCGUCGCUGGCGGCGGUGGUGGCGGCG